AUGAACGGUAAUCAUCUGCCGGCUGGGCAGCCUAUGCCUGGCGGCGUUGGAGGUCCAGCCUCGGGUCCAGUUCUGAAUGGAGGUAGACGUAGGCCGCCGCAACCUCCGUACCCGGCCCAUCCAGGCGCCUACCACCAGCAUCAGCAACACGCUGCAAUGAUGUAUCCAAACAGCUAUAUGAAUCCUUAUGCCAACGCCUACUAUCCACCUCACCCUGUCCAUUACCAGGCCUCGCAUAUCCCCAACUCCCAUUACUCUGCCUCAUCCUAUAGCACCUAUCCGCAACAGCGGUCGCCACCUUCUGUUCAUCAGACAUACCCUCCCAUUGUUUCAUCGAGUAUGCAAGCACACCCACAGCCUUACCCGCGGCCGCCUCCUGCUCAGCAAUCCUCACCAGCCUUAUCCACGCCGCCUCUGUUGCCCACUGCUGCCUCGCCUGCCCCGGCACCCGUUGCUGAAACGCCGACCUCGACUCAAUCGUCUCAACCAGCUACCACCCCCUUGUCACCGGAAAUAUCUAAACCUCAAGCGGUUACGCCUCCACGUUCAGAGGCAGAGAUUACACCGCAAGUGUUUAGGCCUCCACUACCAUGGUACUCGCAUCCUGGCGAAUAUUUUCCUCCACGGGCCACCAAAUUUAGGAGAAGACGGAGAAAGACUAAUGUCGCUUCGCUGGUAGAAUUGCCCCCAGUACAAAACAAUGGCGUCUCAUGUGAAGAAUAUCCGAACUUCUCGUCCUCAAAUGUCUCAAUAGCUCCCAAUAAUAUCCUUGAGGAAGCAAUCACUACAGCUACCUCGGCUUCCCAUUUAUCCUCGGAAGGGUCAAUUCAAAGCUCAUCUCAGGAUGCACAUACGCAGUCUGUAUCUUCCACUCCAGUGUCACACACAGCCGAACCUUCCGUUGCCUCCACUUCUACAAAGACCAACAAAUCCACCGCACGCCCUGCAGUCCCUGCAGUUCCAGUCAUUCCAACAAGGCCAAAACCGAGCCCCAAAGAGCUCAAAGCUCCCCCGGACUCUGAUUCACGUGAUAAUCUUCCACAGCCCUCGGUCCAGACAGUACAGGCUGAUCUUACAACUGAGCCUCUCAUUGAAACUCCAAAAGCUCCUGUUCUUUGGACUAACUUCUUCAAAAAGGCUACGCCUACUAUCACACCUCUAAAGGGCCCCAGUAACUCUGUGUCCAGUGUCACAAAUUUCGGUACACACUCUUCCGGUGCAGGCGUUGUGGACAGUGGUCUCAGAAGCUUUGUAAAGUCCAAUGCCAGCUCUUUGGCGGAUGCCCUGCGAGACUACGAAGUUUCUAGCGGUCAAAAACUUGCAUUUCUCGAACCUAGAGGUUUAGUAAACACCGGAAACAUGUGCUACAUGAAUUCUGUUCUUCAAGCAUUAAUAUUCUGCACUCCAUUUUAUGAUUUCUUAGAGCAAGUAAGCAAGAAAGCGGCACAUAGUUUCAACAGCGAAACACCACUCAUUGAUGCCAUGGUUAUGUUACUACAAGAGUAUAAAGUAAUCAGCUCCGCUGUGUCGGCGGAGUACCUUCAGAAACGGCUGAAGAGUGAAGAACUUGAAAAGUACGGCGAUGCAUUCACUCCUGAAUUUGUGUAUGAAGCCAUGAAGCGAUUGCCUAGAUUUGCAAGCAUGCAGCGUGGACAACAACAAGAUGCAGAAGAAUUUCUCGGCUUUCUCCUCCAGGCCAUUGGUGAGGAGUGUAAUUAUGUCAUGCGUCAGCUCGAUGAAACUUCAGUAGUUACCGACGCCUCCGCCGCCACGCCUACCGGCACAUCUUCACCAACCCACACGAAUGACUCGAGCGAAUGGCUUGAGGUAGGCCGGAAACAACGAGCAGCCAUUACGCGCUCCUCUGGUCAUGUAGCGCCACCAUCUCCAAUUACCAAGAUCUUUACUGGGCAACAACGGUCAGCAUUAAGGGUUCACGGACAGAAGGAGAGUGUAACUUUCCAGAGCUAUCAGUCUCUACAGCUGGACAUCGGUGACGCACAUGUCAAUAACAUUGUGGACGCACUGAAACAUAUGGCCCGGCCUGAAAACAUGGAGUUCGACCCUCAGAGAAGGACGACCAAACAGGUAUUAAUCGAGACUCUACCGCCGGUCCUUAUCCUUCACUUAAAACGGUUUCAAUUUGAUCCCAUAACUAACGGUACUGUGAAACUUUGGACGAAAAUCGAUUACCCCUUGGAGCUUGAGCUUCCUGACGAGAUGUUCUCCCCGGGCAGGAAGGCCAAACUCCAAGCUGAAGGUGGUGGGUCUAUUAAAUAUAAACUCACCGCAGCUGUCUACCAUCAUGGCAAGUCUGCAAGUGGUGGUCACUACACUGUGGACUUGCGGCGUCAAGAUGACAGGGAAUGGAUUCGUCUCGACGACACCGUUAUCCGACGCAUCCGAAGCGAGGAUGUAGCAGCGGCUAAUCUAGAUAAGAAUACCGCAAAAUCCGCCGCAAAAGUUAGCCAAAAACCUAUCGUAAUAGGUCCUACCACAGGAAACCGGUUUGAAGGCAUUGGGGACGAAGAUGGAGCUGAAGAGGAAGGCUGGAACAAAGUCACUUCCGUUGCUGCUGGUGCCAAGAAAUGGAGCUCGGUAGUGAAUACCAACGGCCCAACUAACAGCCUACCGGCGAAAACCAAGCCGGUCAAGGAUAAUAUCAAGGACAACAAGGUCGCCUACCUAUUAUUCUAUCAGCGAAUAUAA